CGCGCACGGUGAAUUUGCGCUCAUCUGGAUGUUCACAUACACACACAUACUGAGUCUCACGACGGAGGAGUCAGACUCGUGAAGUCAAUUUAAAAAAAGCAUAAGGAGACUGUCAAGCGAUUUAGUUGGACUACGUGGAAAAUGCGUAACUGAUGGAUUGUUCUUUUGGUUUAAAACACGACUCUUCUCUUUUAAGCUUUAUUUGAGAAGGAAAUUGCUUUACCUGGAGCGCGCUCAGACUACGAUUCAUUUGCCAACAUAAGAUGGGAUCGCUACUUAAGAUGGGAUAUCGUGUUUUUAUUGUGCUGCUUACACGCAUGGUCGUACUGGAAUGCAGAGCAGAAAAAGGCAAUAUUACUGUCGCGGUGAUGCUGCCCGAAAACCUGAAGUAUUCUUGGGCAUCGCCGCGCGUCCUCCCCGCUAUCCGUAUGGCGCAAGAGAAAAUUCAGAAAAGCGGACUUUUAAGGGGACACACAAUCAACCUUCUUAACUUUAGCACAGAGGAUUCCUCAGGUUCUUGUUCGGAAAACGAGGCGCAAAUUAUCGCUGUGGACACAAAACUUUACCACAAACCAGAUGCGUUCAUCGGACCCGGCUGCACGUAUUCGGUGGCGUCGGUCGGACGGUUCGCGUCCCACUGGAAACUCCCUUUGAUAACCGCGGGAGGACCAGCGUAUGGUUUUGAUAAGUGGGAAGAGUUUAAAACUAUUGUCAGGACGGGCCCGACCACCAAGAAACUCGGAGAUUUUGUCAAUUAUCUGCACGGACAGUUUAACUGGAGCUCUCGCGCGUUAAUGAUCUUUCAUGACCUCAAACAGGACGACCGGCCGCAUUACUUUCUCUCCGAGGGCAUUUACACGGUUCUGCGCGAGGAAAACAUUACAGUGUUGGCUUUCCCUUAUGAAGACGAACAAACUUAUAAUUAUAAAGAUAUGAUCACAUUUAUAAAGGACAACGGCAGAAUUGUGUAUAUAUGCGGCCCUCUACCGACGUUCUUCCAAAUAAUGAAGCUCUUUGAGGAUGAAGUGAAGAGCCCAGAGGACUACGCCAUCUUUUACCUUGACGUGUUUGCAGAGAGUUUAAGUGGUGAUGUUCCAAUGCCCUGGCAGGGUUCAGAUAUCCAGUGGAAUGACCCCAUCAAGCUAUUUCAGUCUGUGUUCGUUGUAACAUACCAGGAGCCAGACAGCCCUGAGUAUACCGCUUUCCGCAAAGAACUCCACAAAAGAGCAAUACAAGACUUUAAUGUACAAUUGGAACCCUCGAUGAUGGAUUUUAUUGCUGGCUGUUUCCAUGAUGGUUUUGUGCUAUAUGCAAAAGCCCUCAGUGAAGCGUUAGCAGACGGCGUGUCUCAGAACGAUGGAAUCAACAUAACUGCGAGAAUGCAAAACCGCAGGCUCUGGGGGGUGACGGGCCUUGUAAGCAUAGAUCAGAAAAAUGCCAGAUUCACGGACUUUAGCCUUUGGGCAAUGACAAACCUGAAAAGUGGGCAAUACGCAAUUGUUGGUCACUACAAUGGGACCAGUAAAGAAAUCUUGUGGUCCCCAACAGAGAAGAUUCAAUGGCCAAAGGGUUGCCCACCUCUGGACUACCCACCCUGUGGAUUCUCUCCGUGCAAGGAAGAUCAUCUUCCUGUUCUUGGAAUAGUGGCUGUUGGGUCUGGUCUGGCCCUCAUCAUAUUCGGAAUUUCCAGUUUUCUAAUCUACAGGAAACUGAAGCUGGAAAAAGAGUUAGCUGGGAUGCUUUGGAGGAUACGGUGGGAGGAACUCCAGUUUGAAAGUCCCAACAAAUAUCACAAGCGUGCAGGAAGCCGCCUCACUCUUUCUCAGAGAGGUUCCAGCUAUGGCUCCUUGAUAACAGCUCAUGGAAAAUAUCAGCUAUUUGCAAAAACAGGCUAUUUUAAGGGCAACCUGGUGGCCAUCAAGCAUGUGAACAAGAAGAGGAUUGAGCUCACCAGACAAGUGUUGUUUGAAUUGAAGCAUAUGAGAGAUGUGCAGUUCAACCAUUUGACAAGGUUUAUUGGCGCUUGCAUCGAUCCACCAAACAUCUGCAUUGUGACAGAAUAUUGCCCCCGGGGAAGUCUACAGGACAUCCUUGAAAAUGAGAGCAUCAACCUGGACUGGAUGUUCCGAUACUCACUGAUCAAUGACAUUGUGAAGGGAAUGAAUUAUCUACACAACAGUUACAUUGGCUCCCAUGGCAAUCUGAAAUCAUCUAAUUGUGUGGUGGAUAGCCGCUUCGUUUUGAAAAUCACAGAUUAUGGUCUGGCAAGCUUCCGUUCGUCUUGUGAAAAUGAAGACUCACAUGCGCUGUAUGCAAAAAAGCUUUGGACAGCUCCAGAGUUGCUGAUAUAUGAUAGGCAUCCACCCCAAGGGACCCAGAAAGGAGAUGUGUACAGUUUUGGGAUAAUACUACAAGAGAUAGCACUCCGGAACGGGCCGUUUUAUGUUGAAGGAAUGGAUCUUAGUCCCAAAGAGAUAAUUCAGAAGGUGCGGAAUGGCCAGAAACCAUACUUUAGGCCCACUACAGACAACAGCCGGCACUGUGAAGAGCUGACCAUCUUAAUGGAAGGCUGUUGGUCUGAAGAUCCUGCAGAAAGACCCGACUUCAGCCAUAUUAAGGUCUUCAUUGCAAAAUUUAACAAAGAAGGCAGCACCAGUAUUCUCAACUUGUUGUCCAGAAUGGAACAGUAUGCCAAUAACCUGGAGAACUUGGUAGAGGAGCGAACACAAGCCUACCUCGAGGAAAAACGAAAAGCUGAAAAUCUUCUUUACCAAAUCCUUCCACAUUCAGUGGCGGAGCAGCUCAAGCGAGGGGAGACCGUACAAGCAGAAGCAUUUGACAGCGUCACCAUCUAUUUCAGUGACAUAGUGGGCUUCACGUCAAUGUCUGCUGAAAGUACGCCAUUACAGGUGGUGACAUUGCUGAAUGAUCUUUACACAUGCUUUGAUGCCAUCAUUGAUAAUUUUGAUGUAUAUAAGGUGGAAACAAUCGGUGAUGCGUACAUGGUGGUCUCAGGUCUGCCUGUGCGGAAUGGGAAGCUACAUGCACGUGAGAUCGCCGGCAUGUCACUGGCUUUACUGGAGCAGGUUAAAACCUUCAAAAUCAGACACAGACCAAAUGAUCAACUACGACUGCGGAUAGGAAUUCACACAGGGCCUGUAUGUGCCGGUGUAGUGGGUCUGAAGAUGCCCCGAUACUGUUUAUUCGGAGAUACCGUCAACACAGCAUCCCGUAUGGAGUCUACAGGUGAAGCUCUGAGGAUACACAUGUCCUCAGCAACCAAAGAGGUUCUGGAUGAGUUUGGUUAUUUCGAACUCCAGCUGCGAGGAGAUGUGGAGAUGAAGGGUAAAGGCAAAAUGAGAACAUAUUGGCUUCUGGGAGAGAAGACAGAUGUCUAUGUUAUCUGAGAGCACUGUUGAUGCCAGGAAGUGACCAGGAUCAGAGCCACUGCUUACUUGUUCUGUGUCUGAAAGGGAUUCUCGCUCUCACAUGGAACAACACAUUAUAAUACCUUUUAAGGGAGGUCAAUUCAGGUAUAUUUCAUACCUGCUUAAAAACUGCAAAAAUUGUAUACACAAUUUGUUUUUGUUUUUUUACAAUGAAGUUUUCUUGUGCUGACAAGUAUGUAUUUCCAGGUGAAAUUCCUAUUUUUGUGCUUUCUAUAUUCAGAUUUUUGGAAACAAGUGAUGUGAUGUAAUGUUCUUUCAAGUGCAUGGAUGGUGUUUGUUAAAAAUAAGGACAGAGUGAAGUUUUAGCAUAAUGUAAUAUUUGUACAUAUGUAUAUCCAAGACAUUGUAAGAUAUUUUGUUCAAUAAACUGAAUUAAAAGCA